AUGGAGGAAUUACGGAAUCAGCGUGUCUUGGAAAAUCUUGAUUUACUAAAAAGUCUUGCAAAUGUAUGUGACGAUGACAUGGAGAAGAUCAAAAGAAUGUAUGGGAUCAAAAUGUCAAAAUCCAAUGUUCCGAGAUGUCAGAGAAUCCGCGCCAAAUCAUCAAAAUGUAUCCAGACUAAGCAUGUGCCUAAAACGUUACCAUGCCGUCAUUCGAAAAGAAGGAAGAAAGAAAAAGUCUCAUUAUCUUCAAACAGCGACAGUGAUUGGAUGAGCAGUGGGGAUGAGUGGAUUCCGGAUUUGCCCAAACAUUUUGUUACAAGCACGCCAACUCAUAAAUCAUCUCAUGAAAAAAUGACGAAAAAAGCAUCAGAAUGUUGUAGCGAAAUUGCCGCACUGAUGGAACUUUCGAAUUCCAAAGAAGGGAGGCGAUAUCCAAAACGGGAGAAAGAAAGGCGAAACUACACAUUUGAUGUGGUGAUUCCUGAAGAUGACAGGUACCUGUACUGUUAUACUUGUAAACGUUCUGUUCUUGAUGGAUGUUUUGAUCAUCCUAUUAUUUGGAUCGACAAUACACCAUCAGAUGUUUGCGAAGAAGUCAAAGACAAGUACAUUUACUGCCAAACAUCCAAAUGCGUUUGUGGAGAGCCCUUUUAUAAACAUGCAGCUAAAACCGCCCCAAAAGGACUGAUCACAAUUAGCAAGUCUAGAAUUCACGGAGCAGGAUUGGGUGCGUAUGCAAAUGCUAACAUACAGUGCGGAACUAUUUUUGGACAUUACGAAGGACAGAUAGUGUAUUUACAUGAAAUGGAUAAUGAGGAACGGGUCAGAAGGUCGCGUGGUGGAUAUGCAUGGCUCGUAAGAGCUAAUAAUAAUGGCGUCAGUGCUCAUCUGGUGGACGCUCGAAAUCCUCUGAAUUCAAAUUGGUUAAGAUUUGUUAAUUGUGCCCGAUUCGAAGAAGAGCAAAAUCUUGUUACAGUGCAGUACAGAGGAAAAAUUUACUAUAGAGCAUGCAAAGACAUUUCAAGAUUCGAAGAACUUCUUACGUAUUAUGGAGAGGAGUUUGCAUCUGAACUUGAAAAAGAUAUUAAAUUCACACAAAUGACGAAUGUUAAAUCCAAAGAUGAACGAUUCCAGUGUGAUCAAUGUGGCACAAUCUUCACUCGAAAAGGCAAUUUGAAUACGCACAUGAAGUCUGUUCAUGGAAAUGAACGAUUCCAGUGUGAUGAAUGUGGCACAAUCUUCACUCGAAAAGGCAAUUUGAAUACGCACAUGAAGUCUGUUCAUGGAAAUGAACGAUUCCAGUGUGAUCAAUGUGGGGCAAACUUCACUCAAAAAGGACAUUUGAAUACGCACAUGAAGUCUGUUCAUGGAAAUGAACGAUUCCAGUGUGAUCAAUGUGGAACAAACUUCACUCAAAAAGGCAAUUUGAAUACGCACAUGAAGUCUGUUCAUGGAAGAAAAAGCGAGAAACACAUUGAAAAAUCAACACUUUAA